AUGCACUUCUCCAACGCCGCGGUCCUUCUUCUGGGCGCCCUGCAGCCGGCUCUCGGCAAGCCGACUCUCCUGCACCGUGCGGGAGACGGAAGCCAAAACGAGAUCCUGAGCCAGUGGCUGAGCGCCACCGAGACCGUCAUCAACUACUUCGCGCCGAGCCCCGGAUGCGGCGACACCCGGGCCUGGGUCGGCGUCUGGCCCGUCGACGCCUGCAACCCGUACUGGGCCGACUUCAAGACGUGGCAGUACGUCGAGCCCACCCAGGGCUUCGACCUGCGCACCAUCAAGUUCAAGCACUCGGAGCUCGGCGUCGGCGAGUACAAGGCCGCCUUUGUCUGCGAGGACGGCAAGAGGUCGCCCUGGAUGGUCUCCAAGACCUUCAAGGUCGACGCCGCGCCCCGCGAGGAAAACGGCUAUUGCGUGCACCGCAAAUCUACAACCAAUGCGGCGUGGACAUAUACAGCGUGCGACAAGGUCUCUGGCGGCCUUUGCUUUGACUGCGGCUUUAGCGGUAGCUGCGUCGCAUGCGGAGACUGCCAGGAUCAGUGCGGGCUUUCCAAUUAA